AUGACGGCCACGCGGGGGAUCUUCUUGUGCAGCGGCCUCGCGCCCUCCUGCGUGGUGAAGGCCACGUUCAUGGCGUACUGGAUGGCCAGGCCUGUCAUGGUGCCCUGGGCCAGCGGGACGAUGCUGUUGAUGGCCUUCUCCAUGUCCGCCCGCGUGAAGAAAGUCUUGAGGGAGAAGACGUUCUGCACCUGGCUGGAGUACUGGAUGACUCCCACCCGCGUGGCGUUGGGGCCCACGUCCAGGUUGCCGAUGAUGUCCACCAUGAAGCGCCGCAUGGUCUCGAACUCGAAGGGCCGCACGCUGCGGGAGCUGUCGAUCACGAAGACGAUGUCCAGGGGGCCCGUCCUGCACUUCAGGGCUGGAAGGGGACGAGGAGAUGGUUCAGCCUCACAGCGGGCUGGUCGUCAGGAGAAACAGGAGGAGCGGGACAAGAGGGAGAAGCUUCAUCAUGGCUCUGAUGCACAGAGCAUUCAUGAGGAUGCAGGAGCUGUGCAGAGCAGCCUCGGGACACGCUUCCAAGCUUAUCUUUUGGCGGGGUCUCGAUCUCCUGUUGCUCAGCACACCUUGCCCGGGGGUACCGGGCCUUCUCAGUCCCUGCUAAAAGAGAUCCCCGCUGGUAUGAGUAGGAACUUGCCCGACAGCGAGGCAAGAGGGCCGGCGGGACCCGCGGAGCCCCUCACUCACCCGGGCCGGCCGCCGAGCCGCUCCCCGCCGCGAUACUGGGUCAGGUCCAACCCCUACCAAAGCAACCUGCUUCGAGAUGGUGUGAGGAGGUACCUGCAGCUGCCAGCAGACCAGACGGUGCUGAUCCUGCAUGCCAAGGUGGCCCAGAAAUCAUAUGGCAAUGAAAAAAGGUUCUUCUGCCCCCCACCCUGUGUUUACCUGAGUGGGCCAGGAUGGAAGCUAAAACAGGAGCAGAUAAAAGCCAGGGACCCAGGAGAGGCAGGUUUUCAGGUGUGUGGGUACAUGGGACUGGACAGCAUGGGCAGCAGCCUGAUGGAGACCCAGAAGCUCAGCUUUGAGGAGCAGCCAGAUGCGAAGGGCUUCGGCUGCGCCAAGGCGCUGUACAUCUCGGAUGCAGACAAGCGCAAGCAUUUCCGCCUGGUCCUGAAGCUCUUCUUCAGCAACGGGCAGGAGAUUGGCACCUUCCACAGCAAGCUGAUCAAGGUCAUCUCCAAGCCCUCGCAGAAGAAGCAGUCGCUGAAGAACACGGACCUCUGCAUCUCCUCAGGCUCCAAAGUAUCCCUCUUCAACCGCCUGCGCUCCCAGACCGUCAGCACCCGCUACCUGUCCGUCGAGGGGGGAGCCUUCAUUGCCAGCGCCAGGCAGUGGGCAGCCUUCACCCUCCACCUGGCCGAUGAGCGCUGCUCCCGGAGCGAAUUCCCCCUGCGGGAAGGGUAUAUCCGCUACGGAUCCGUGGUUCAGCUCGUCUGCACGGCCACAGGCAUCACCCUGCCCCCCCUGAUCAUCCGGAAGGUGACAAAGCAGUAUGCCAUGCUGGAUGUGGACGAGCCCAUCUCCCAGCUCCACAAAUGUGCCUUCCAGUUCCAGGGAAGCGACCGCAUGUACCUGUGUCUCUCCACAGAGAAAGUGAUCCAGUUCCAGGCAUCUCCCUGCCCAAAAGAAGCCAACAGGGAGCUGCUGAACGACGGCUCCUGCUGGACCAUCAUAGGCACUGAGAUGGUGGAGUACACCUUCAGCGAGAGCCUGCCCUGUGCCCGCCAGCCCGUCAGCCCUGUGCCCCUCAUUGCUGCCCUGCAGCUCACGGGUGGUGGGGACGUGGCCAUGCUGGAGGUGCAGGGCGAAUAUUUCCACGCACACCUCAAGGUCUGGUUUGGAGACGUGGAAGCAGAGACCAUGUACAGGUACCAUGGCUGAGGGGGCUGGGGAGCAGGCAGGGAAGAUCAGCUGGGCAGCUCGGGAGGGAUGUGGCUGCUGACCUCGGGGACGGAGGCACUCGCACU